CCUCCUUAUCCUUGGCGGUAUCUAAGUCGUCUGCGAGUGGGUCAUCCACGUCCACUGGCGCAAUGGAUAUAGAAGACAGUGGUCUGGCUGAUGAACGGAUGGGAGCGGCGACUGGUAAAGGCGUUUUAAUCCAUGACGUGGACUCGAGGACAAUGGAAAUGGAACAAGAAAUCUCUGAUGAUAUCAGUGGCUCCUCGUUGUCUUUGUCAACUUCCAGUAAAACUUCUCUUCCAAGAGCUGUAUCGACAACCGAUACUGGAGUAGCGUUGAAUCCACAGGACUGCUCGCUUGGUCCCCAGCCUAAGAUGUGCACGGAUAUUGUUGCUUUUCAUAGUCGCAUCAAAGACGUCCUUGACAGGCAUGGUGGCCUUCCUGGAGAAAAAAUGCUAUUGGCUGGAAUCGAUCGAUCCGAUGGAAAACGUGUGACAAGUCUAACAAUGUCUAGACUUCUAGCAGAAAAAGAGGAAUCAGAGUGGCAGGAGCAGAUAAAGCGAAAGGAAGAGAAGAAGGAACGAAAAGAGCGCGCGGCAGAGAGACACAAGGAAAGAGAAAUCGCAUACCGCAAAAGAUCACAACAACAAGCAAGCUGUUCUUCCACGCGUGGCUCUUCUCCUGCGAAUAAGAGUUUUGCGGAAGCUAAAAACGGCCGCGACAAUCAAGAUACAUCAGACGGAACCGAGAAAUCUUCUGAAGAUGCCGCCAGUACUGAUAGUUACGACUAUCUCUUGCUAGAGGAGACGAGUUACCAGGACAAGCAAGGGCGGCCGCCAGACCUUCAUAGUCGUCGUGUAGAUGAUGCAGCAGCACCUUCAGGUGAGGGUGACGCAGUAGAUAUACAGGACGAGAACCAGCGAGAUCGCGUGCUUCGCAAGCUGACAGAUACCAGUAUUGAGUCCUUUCCUCGGUUCCAGAAUGCUUUCGUCGACAAACUGUGGAUGAGCGUCCGAUCAGGGGAUGGUGGCAAUCCGGAAGCUGGAAAGUAUCGAAAAUGGAACAAUCACAAGGGUCCGGCGUAUGGUGGUCACGGCGCAGACGUCUGGAUUAAAGCAACGAGGGCAAAGGAAAACCUAGUAUGCCUACCACGCACCUUUCGAGCCCAGCACGGCGGCGACGGCAAAGGCACCGAACGGGGACGCAAUCAGAAGCCACAGACUCUUCACGUCCCAAUCGGAACCAUAAUACGAGAAAGAAGAGUCUACAGGUACCAGGUCCUAGUACUGUAGGUGUUGAUAUGGAGUAACACUAUGCCAAAAGCGAACAUAGGAAAGUGGUUCUUUAGCCAAAAAAAGCGCUUUUUUGUACCUUAUUAGCUUUUCCAUUUUGAGACGAAUAUUGCCCAACUGAUCCCUGGGCUUCAUGUCCGUUCUUUGGCUGAAAAACCACUUUUCUGUGUUCGCUUUUGGCGUAGUGUUAUUCCAUAGUAGGCGAUGCAUGUCCUCCGUAUAAAACAUGUCUCGAGGAACAAGAGCCUUUUUUUUCGUAUCAUAGCAUAGGUCAGAGUAUUAAUAUUUAAUGAACUCGGUUCGAAAUCGUUAGAAGUACAGUGAGUGUCCGUGUCCAUUAUAAUAUAAUCUUUUCAGAGUACCGGAGACGGGUGAAGUGUAUCGAACACCGGAAGGUCGACGUGUGUAUUUGCCCGAGUUUGCGUACCAGUUUUUGCGACACGGUGACCAGAUCCGCAUUUGCAAAGGCGGGCUUGGUGGUGUGGGCCCGCGCGCUUUGCGAUUGCAGGAUGGACGCAAGGGCGCGCCUGGUGAGAAAAAACUUCUCGAGCUGGAGUAUCGCAUUCCAAAUGACGUAGCGCUUUUAGGCCUGCCGAAUAGCGGUAAAACCGCCUUGCUCGCUGCUUUGACGCGCGCACAUACGCGCAUAGGUCCAGAAGAGUUCAGCACCACGCGUCCGAACACUGGCCUGCUCAAAUUUCGGGAUGGAGUGGAUUACCGCGUCACAGACCUGCCGGGUCUACUUCCGGGAGCAGCCCACGACAAAUUUCAGGGACGCCGCGUUCUGCGUCACACGUAUCGAUCAAGGCUUUUGGUCUUUGUGGUUGACAUGGGGAGCAAAGCUAAGGAACACACUUCUGCACCUUGGGAGACACCUAUUUUGGAAGGAAAUGGUGCGACUGCGGAAGAUGAGUCGAACUUGCUUACACCUGCCGCAGGUGGACAACGGAAAGCGCAAACGGCAAUCGAAGCAGCCACCGCGGGUGCGCCUUCUAGCGCAGCAGAAAAAGAAGAGCAAGACCAAGAUCUUCCGUUUUUGGCAAGCGGCAAAGGAGAAGCCGGCGUCGAGUACGUGCGCAAGUUACUGCACGAGAAGAAUGUCAAGUCAUUUCUCAGUGGGAAAAUGCCAGUGCCUGGCACUGAUCAACAGGAAGAUAAGGUCCCCAGAAGUGGCGACGCUGACGCAAUGGAUGCUGACAUGAGUGGAGCUGCAAUUGUUCAUGCUGAGACUACGGACGACGGCGAAAGUGCGCCAGAACGAAGUCCUCGAGAAAGCGGCCAGCAAGAUUCACUAGCUCCACUAGAAGAAGGUUCUUCGGAGACAGCAGAGGGGAAAGCCUUUCGAGGUACGAGUAGAACGGCUGCACUAGAGAACGCGAGAAGUUUAGAUCCGUUCGAGCAAUUUGUGCGCUUGCGGAAAGAGGCCAUAGAGUUUGAUCCUCUAAAUGCGGACAAACCAUUCCUGAUUGUUGGUACGAAGUGUGAUCGUUUGCACGAUGACGCGCUGUACAAUCUGGAUUCUGCGUUUUUUCGUUGGCAAGGCCGAUUCGGUGACAGGGCUCGCAGUGACGUCUUGGGCGUGUCCGCGCGGUUUGGGUUGGGGAUCGCGCCAUUGGCUCGUGUCAUGCGUUCCCUUCUGACCAACGACUCCCUAGAACUAAGAUACCGUGACAAAGUGAUGGGCCCGAUGUUCCCGAAACACUUGCUGGUUCAAGCGCACGAGGGCGCAGAUCCACGGAAAAAGACGCCAACGCCUCUGCUACUCACCAGCGGGGAGGAAAUUAUGCCGUCUCCGAAAACGGACGCUAGCCCAGAGAAGACGCUGCCUUCGAGCUUUGUGAAACUCAAGAGCCGUCUCAUGACGACAUACUAGAAGAAAUUGCAAUAUUGAUGUUGCACACCACAAAUAUUGAUGUUGCACAAACUAAAUCUAGCGAGGAUUUUAAUGACAUUAGUACACAUCGACACCGCAAGAAAAAUGAUAACGAUUCCGCAAUAAACAGAUAUUAUUUAAGUUGUGAUUGAUUUUCUUGAAGAUUUGUUUUUUUGGCUGACGCUGCUCUCUUUGCUCUUACCAAUGCAUGCUCUUUGGUUAAGCACGUCUUUGUGCUUGUUUCGUGAACAAUCUAUCAACGUUGAUCUUCAGGAGAAGCUUUGCUCGCGCGCGACUGCGACGUCUUUCACCAUCUGGGUAGGUCUAGGGAUAUGAC